AAGUCAGUUUCGGAUUUUAUGCGUUGCGGAGAGGACGAGCAAUUGUCAAACUGUCAUAUGAAGAUGUGAUUGCACUUACCUGCUUCUUAGAUUUUCCUUGGAUGGCGUGAAAUGGCAGAAAUUGAUAAAGUCCGUGUGAUAUUAGUUGGUGAUUCUGGUGUCGGAAAGUCAUCUCUAACCCAUCUUAUAGCGCACAAUGAAUCUCUUACACGACCAUCAUGGACAGUCGGUUGUUCGGUGGAGGUGAAAUUACAUGAAUUCAAAGAAGGAACUCCUAUACAAAAAACAUAUUUCAUCGAACUAUGGGAUAUCGGAGGAUCAUUGAGCCACAAAAAUGCUCGUGGUGUGUUUUACAAUCCAACACAUGGCAUUAUAUUGGUACAUGAUCUUACGAAUCGUAAAAGCAAUGAAAAUCUACGAGAUUGGCUAAUUGAAAUCUUAAACAAAGAUGGAAAGGAUACGAUGAAGAACAAUAUUGAUAUAGAUUUUGAUCCGGAGCAAUUUUUUGGUUCAACACAAAUCCCAAUUCUAGUAAUAGGGACAAAGAUGGACUUGUUGGAUGAGAAGAGGCGACAGAAGCAUUUGCAUACAACAGAUGGAAUCGCUGAACAAUGUGGGGCUGAAGAAAUUUGUUUGAAUAGCCACGAUGUUCGCAGUUUAGCGGCAGGCACUACUGAUGCAGUAAAAUUGGCCAGAUUUUUUGACAAAGUAAUUGAGAAGAAGUAUUAUUCAAAAGAGUCGGGAAUUUUCGCAGCAGAAAAGAGAAAAUUGGCUUACAGUUAUCCCAAUGUUCCGGUUGCCUCUACAACAUCUGAGCUACCACAACGACAGUUUAACACACAAUUGUGAUCACUAAUGGUUCUAUCUAAUAUAAAAUUAUUAUGAAGAUUUUCUAGGCAUAAUUGAAGUAUUGUAUUUAUCAAGAAUAUAAUUCUAAAAAUUGCUUAUA